UCUGUCCAUGGGCUAGCGGCGCGCUCCCGGCCGCGCGCUCCCGGCUGCGCGCGCUCCUCUCAGUCGACACGGUAAACGGGUGUCGGCGUGGACGUCGCUGAGCCGUUAAUGGACAUUAACGGGGAACGCAAUGCUGUUCGCCCACUGCCUGCUUUCUUCGGUCGUGUAUUCUCUGCAAUGGAAGCCGGGUGUUUCAGAGCGGCAGAAGUGAUGUGACGGCGGCGCGAGGAGGCAGGACAGAACCGAGGAGACGGCCCGCUGCACACUGACAGACUGGAUGCAGCGCGUCGGAGCCUAGACAGAAUGGAUUUCCCCAAUUGCACUGGGGGGGCGUUCGCUACAAACUGCAGUGUUAAUGACUCCCUGGACACCACUAAACUCCCACCGACUAAGAUCCUGCUCACCAUGACCCUGUCGGCACUGGCUAUCCUGACUACAUUCUUCAACUGCCUGGUGAUCACAGCUAUCGCCGUCACGCGCAAGUUGCACCACCCGGCCAACUACCUCAUCUGCUCGUUGGCCGUGACUGACCUGCUGGUGGCCGUGCUGGUCAUGCCCUUCAGCAUAAUGUACAUCCAGAGACAGACCUGGCUCAUGGGCCAGGUGGUGUGUACCAUUUGGUUAAGUGUGGACAUCACCUGCUGCACGUGCUCCAUUCUGCACCUCGCCGCCAUCGCCAUCGACCGCUACCGGGCCAUCACGGACGCGGUGGAGUACUCCCGCAAGCGCACCGGGGCCCGGGCCGGCGCCAUGGUGGCAGUUGUGUGGCUCCUGUCCAUCCUCAUCUCGCUGCCUCCUCUGAUCUGGCGGCACUACAGCGGGGAUUCCGAGCAGGAGGACCAGUGCAUCAUGAUGCACCACCACAUGGCCUUCACCUUGUACUCGACCCUCGGCGCGUUCUACAUCCCCCUGAUGCUCAUCCUCAUCCUCUACUACAAAAUCUACCGGGCUGCUCAGAACCUUUACAUGCGCAGGGAAGCCAGCCGGGCGAGCCGUCACUCGUGCAUGACCAACGGGAGCAUGAUCCCUUCGUCCUACCCUGCUGGAGAAGGCGCCGACGACGGCGGCGGCGGACCUCGAAGCCCGGAGCCCGUAAGUCCACGGGAAAAGUCCUUCUCUGAACCCUCGACGGAGGAACCGCCGCGUGAGCGGGUGCGCGCAUCGGUGACGACGUUCCAGAGCCUGUCGCGCCGGAAGGAGUCGCGCGCGGAGUCACGCAACGAGUCGCGGAGGAGUCAGUUCUACCAGGGCCCGCGGAUCUCCGGCUCGCGGGAGCGAAAGGCCGCAUCAACGCUGGGGUUGAUAAUAGGGGCUUUCGUCAUCUGUUGGUUGCCCUUUUUCGUCAAGGAGGUGAUCGCCAACACCUGCGGUUCUUGCAGUACUUCCAUGGAGAUGGCUGACUUUCUGACGUGGUUGGGCUACCUGAACUCGCUAAUCAACCCCCUCAUCUACACCAUCUUUAAUGAAGACUUCAAAAAAGCUUUCCAAAGACUCGUUAGGUGCAGCCAUUACCUCUGAUGGCGCCGCCGUUCCUGCACACCAAACCCGUCUGCACGAUUAACCAGGAGGGGCGAAUGUAAAGGCCCGGGGGUACUGACUGAUUAACGACUGUGUGCCUGAGGGACAAUAAUGACUGACUAUCAUUCUCAGAGGCUCCAACGGGGGCCCGAAUAGCACCAGCAGAGCAACGAGCUCUGCAGAAAGGUUCCACGUUGAAAUCCGAGUCCUGCUGUUAAUGGAACAGCCUGUGAUUCUGCCAAUGCUCAUUGGUGUGUUUGAGAGGACACGGACAGGUUGUUUUUUUUAGAAAAUGGGCCAUCGCUGACCUUUUUCGACGCCUGGGCUCUGACCGUUACUGAUCAACGCCAUUAAAAGGCCUGGAAGUAGCUGACCGUUAAGGCUUUUCCAUCUAAUGACCCCCCAUCUCUCAUGUCCAAGCUGCUGGCUAACGUGUAAAAUACCCCAGCAUACUAAAUUGUUAAUUUCCUGUGGCCCUGCUGUUAUAGAGGGUGAGUGACGCCGUGAUUGUUAAGAGAAAUUGUUGUUGAAUGUGACCCUGCAAAAAAAUAGAAAUUAUAUAUUUAUAUAUUUGUAGAUUGUUUGAGUUUCCUGUCAGGUAAUGGCAGGGACACCGGCCUGAUCCAUUCCACAGUCCAAAAGGGGAAAAAAUUAUUGACUGCCUUUCAUACAUUUCACAGUGCUGAAUUUAAUAUACGUUUUAUGUUUAGGAUUAACAGCUAUGAAUGCCUUGAAUGUGAAUAAAAUGUUUUAUGACAAAGGAUCAAAUCAUACAAUUAAUUACACAUUCUGAAUUUUAAAAGAAAAAUACUUCGGGACCAAUAUCAAUAUGGAAACUAGGUCAACUUUCAUUACUUUUGGACAGGGCUCAAGGUUUUGGGGUUAUAUACUGUAUACGAUACUAAUACUGUAAGUCAUGUUUUACACAAGCUUUACGCUCUAUUAAGUUAUUUAAGGAGCAAUCAAACCCCCGAUCUGACCCUUGCCAGCAUUGGGACAAUGAAUUUGAAAACCACCGGUGCAAAAAUACUCAUUACAUGAAACCCACUCAAGUAUUUGGAAUAAAGCUACAAUUUCUUCACUGCCUCCAAGAGGGUGCACGAUAUGUUGAUGGAAAUAUUGUAGAUGAGUCAUGUGCGAGGGUGUACUGUAUGCCAGAAAGAUAAAGUGUGACAUGCACAUACUGUACAACUGACAGUAAAACAAGUAUUGUAUAAUGCUUCUGUCUUGGUCUCUCACUGUUUCAAUAAUCAAUAAUAAACUGCCCAAAUGUAUAUGAUGUCCCACUGA